AUGCAAGCAGCAAGAACAGAAUCAUCUAGCGAAAGGAAGCAGGAAAAAGAGGCCGUUCAGAUCGUCAUUUCACAGAUUAGUUUAUUGCUUACCGCGCUCACGGAGGACAAAUACCAGGAAAUCAGUAAGAAGAUCGGUUUUCUACUCGAUAAGUCUCCAUUUGCCGUUUAUAUCAAGUACUGGAGGAAGUUGCUAGUGCUUUGCUCACGAGAUAUUAAGCAGGAACAUUUUUUAACACCACAGAAAAACCUAUUCCACAGGUUACUCUUGGAGCUUUUCGAACAGCUGCCUGAGAAGGAUUCAGAAACAAGAGAAGUUCUUAAUCAGGAAAUCUUCAACAACAUUGCAUUUUUAGACCAGUGUGGACUGACAGUAGAGCAUAUAACCGCACUUUUCAGAGAAAGAACUGACAUUUUAGAGCAGCUAAACCCUCAGAUCACAUUAGAUAAGCUCCGCUCUUUGAAAGAAAUCAGGAUGAAUAACAGCAAAUAUCUGCAGAAUUUUCUUUUGCAGUCUUCGCCGGACACUUUGGGGUCUAAUUUAACAGACUUACUUCAGUCUUUGGAGGGCGAGAGCUUAAACGACAUGGUAGCGCUCAUGUUAUCAGAGAUAUUGUCGCCUGGUUCUCAAAGAAUACAAGCAAACCUCCACGAGAGUUGGUUCACACCAAAUGGGAUAGCUGAUGCAACCGCGCGAGGUCAGUCUGUUAAUAAAUCUUUUGAUAGGUUAGCGGGGAAUGCUAUAAACUGGAAUCGGGUCUUCAAUCUAAUGUCCACCAAGUAUUUUCUAACAACCAUAAUAAAGCCCACAAUAGCUUCCCUCAGCUGCUUACUUGCAUGCCUAGAAAAGGGCCCUCUUAUAGAUCAAUUCUUCGAAUGUGAUUGGGAUUUGAAUUUCAAGCUAGAACUGGCAUUCAUUUUACACAAGUGGGCCACGGAGCAGGGUUGUUUCGAUAUUUUAGCCGUGGAAGGUACUAAGAAAGUAACGGAUCAGAUACCUAACACGAAAAACUCAUUAUUAUUCCUAACAUCCAUUGCUUCGCUAGAUUUGGAACUAUUCCUGCUGAGGGAUGAAUUAGCUAAUAACUCUAUGCUUCCCUAUUACCAGGAAUGUUUCUUCGAGGACUUUAGCAAAGUUCCUGAGUUGUUAGCCUUCGCCUUAAUUACUAACAUGAAGCAUUUCCAUUUGUUGGUCGAAAGAAGAACAAUAAUUAACGAAAUAAUGGUGACUUUGCUGGUACAGAUCGCUGAAAGAUCCCUUGACUACCUAGGCCCCGUCGUGAGAGCUCUACCAGAGAACGCGCGGAUCGUGGAAGCUGCGAGAAUUAUGAUAAGCAAAGAGAAUUUACCGAUUGCAGAGCUUGUGAAAAUUUUGGCCGCAGAGGAUAAGCUGGAUAACUUGAUAGAGGAGUUGUCCUUUGGAGAAGCUCUGAAAAUCAUACCUUGUGCCAGAAAAGCGGGAUGGCUAGGUUUUGAAAAUUUUAUGCAGAAAAAGCUCAAUAGCAGCAAUGCGUCACUAGUAGUGGACAUGCUAGAAACGCAAGCCAAGAUGAGCGAAGUAGCAACACCGUUUGAUGCUUCCCAAAGAUUAGAUUUGUCUGGUCUUCAUCUACUCAUCACAAUGCUCACUAAAUGUUCUUUGAACGAUAGUGAUCUAGAGCGCUUUGAAUCAGUACAAUUCUCUUUGAUUAUCGCUCGGCCGCGCCUGAUCAACUUUGGUUUCGGUCACGAUCAAGCAAUUCUAAGCAAUGGAGAUGAAGCCCCAAUAUCUCCUGAUGUAGAGAAGGAGAUGCAGAAUUAUUUGCAAAAAAUGUACAGUGGCGAAUUGGCAAUUAAAGAUAUUAUUGAUAUCUUGAGGAAGCUAAGAGACAGUCAGAACAGCAGGGACCAAGAUGUCUUUGCCUGUAUGACUCAUGCUGUCAUUGCAGAAUCGAGCUUUUUUAGGGAUUAUCCUCUUGAUGCCCUCGCUACCACAUCUGUUCUUUUUGGUUCAAUGAUCUUAUUUCAGCUGCUGCGGGGGUUUGUGUUGGAUGUUGCAUUUAGAAUUAUCUUGGAUUUUGCGAAAGAGGGCCCUGAAUCUAAGAUGUUUAAAUUCGCUGUUCAAGCAAUUUAUGCAUUCAAGUUUAGGCUGGCAGAUUAUCCAAAUUAUUGCAGGGAUCUACUCGAAAAAGUUCCUGGUUUACAGUCUCAGCCUCAAGUUUAUCAAUCUGUCGUAGAUGCAGCGUUGGCUGGAGAAAAGUUACAGGCCAGUGGUCAAGAAAGUAACAGAAGUGCAGCAGAAACAAUUCCAUUGAAGUAUUUCACUUUAGAAGAGCCACCUGCGCAUGUGCUGCAAGAAAACCCUCCUAAGGAAAUCACGGAAAAGGUUUUAUUCGUUGUCAAUAAUAUCACGAUGGAUAAUUUCGAAACAAAGAUAUCGGACUUGAAAUCGGUUUUAUCUCCAAACUAUUUCUCCUGGUUUUCAAACUAUCUCGUGAACCAAAGGGCGAAAACAGAACCAAACUACCAUAAGCUCUAUAGCAGGAUCCUGUUAUCUUUGAAUUCCGAACUACUGCAUGAGUUCAUGGUAGCUGUAACAUGCAAACAGCUGCAUUCUUUCCUUUCAACUAAGGAUACACAACUUAUAGAUAAGAAUCAUUUGAAAAACAUGUCAAUGUGGCUCGGCUGUAUCACCCUGGCGGUAAAUAGGCCCAUCAGACAUCGAACUAUUGCUUUCAGAGAGCUGCUUUUGGACGCCUAUCAUGAAAAGCGAUUGAACAUCGUUGUACCCUUUGUUGCAAAAGUACUGCAGAAUGCAGCGGACUCUAGGAUAUUCAGACCGCCAAACCCGUGGACCUUGGGUAUCGUGAAAAUACUUCUCGAGCUAAAUAACAAGGCGAAUUGGAAACUUAGCCUAACUUUUGAGGUUGAAGUGCUGAUGAAAUCACUCGGCCUAGAUCCUAAAGACGUUUCUCCAUCCAAUCUAAUAAACGUGAAUAAUAUUGCAGAUGAAUUAGCUGGUAACUUGAAUAAUCUGACUGUUGAACAAAGGAAUUCUGAGCAGCAAAGGCAAAUGGCUACUAUGCAGCAAUACCAACAGCAGUUGUUACUUUCCCAGCAAAGGCAACGAAGAGUUAUUUCUGGUGGAGUACUUCCUCCUUCGGAACACGCGCCUGUGGGACUUGAAAACGUCACUGCUGGCGAUAGCAAUUUCAGCAAUAUCAAUGGUUCAACGAUCUUCGCUACUCACCCAGAUCUGACGCGAGUUUUUCAAAUGGCUAUGGCGAAGUCUGUUCGUGAAGUGCUUUUGCCAGCUGUAGAUAAAGCGUCAAGCAUCGCUGUUGUGACGACGAUGAAGAUAGUCCUCAAGGAUUUUGCAACGGAAGCGGAUGAAAUGAAACUUCAGGCUGCUGCGGUAGGAAUGGUUAGACAUCUAUCUCAAAGUCUAGCCCGCACGACUGCAAUCGAGCCAUUAAAGGAUGUCAUUAGAUCAACAACUCAAUCUUUGGCCCCUAAUCUGAUGAACAUGCAGAAUUCUUUUGUGGAGGAAUUGAAUACCGCUAUGAACGAUAACCUGGGUAUUGCCUUGGCCAUAAUCGAGAAGGCGGCAAUGGACAAAGCUACUCAAGAUGUAAGUGAACAGUUACUGCAGCCAAUGGCAAUUCGUCGCUACCAUAAGGAGAGAAGAGCAGGCCAACCGUUUUUGACCCAAAAUACGAAUCCAUAUUCGCUGACGUUACCAGAACCGUUAGGUCUCAAAAGCUCAGGCGUUACUCCCCAGCAAUUCAGUAUCUAUGAAAAGCAAGGAGAAUAUGCAUCGACUUUUGAAAGCACACCAGGCGUCAAUGUCCCCAUUCAAAGCCAAGCGACUCGCCAACAGAUUUUACUUCAGCAGCAACAGAUGCGUACUCAACAGCAACAACAACAGCAGCAGCAACAACAGCAGCAACAACAGCAGCAACAACAACAGCAGCAACAGCAGCAACAGCAACAACAGCAACAACAUCCUCCCCAGCCGGUUCAAGCUAAACUCCUACCAGGUCAGAACCAAAUUCCAAUUCAAAAUCCACAGGCCAUGGGAAUCCAAAGCGAGCUAGAGCAGAACCAUCGAGUUCUAGUUCAUUUGAUGGACGGUUUAGUUGUACAGAUCAAGGAGAAUGCCGACAAGAAAAGUAUGAAGGAUCUGGGAGAACAGAACUCAAUUAAGGCCAUCAUAUUCCAGAUUCUUACCUUCAUAGCUCGAAGUUCUCAAAAGGAUCAAUUGGCGUUGAAAGUAUCGCAAGCGGUUGUCAACAGUUUAUUUGCAACUAGUGAAAGCCCAUUGUGCAGAGAGGUUUUAUCCAUGCUAUUGGAGAAACUAUGCUCGCUUUCGAUCGUAGCGAGAAAGGACGUUGUGUGGUGGCUGGUUUAUGCUCUGGAUAGCCGAAAAUUUAACGUUUCUGUUAUUCGAUCGUUGCUUGACGUCAAAUUGAUUGAUGCCAAUGAAUUGGAUAAUGUUCUUGUGACUACAAUGGAGAACAAAAUGGAAAAUUCUGUGAAUUUUGCGAUGGAGUUGAUACGAGGUACCGUCAUGUCGACAUCUCCAAUUUUGAUGCGAAUGGAUUUUAUCCACACUCUGGCAUACUUAGGUACGCUUGAGGACGCUAGCGUCAAGUCAUUUAUGACAGAGUAUGAAACUCGAGUGAUAUUACCGGUUGAAGUAGGAACCAAGGUUUCGAACAGGGAAAAGUACUUUUUGGUUUUCACUGAGUGGGUAAAGCUUCUACAGAGAGUUGAAUGCAAUGAUAUCGCUACAUUUGUUUUCAUUAAACAAAUGAAACAAAAAGGUGUAAUUUCCAACACGGAUAAUCUGAUCGGCUUUAUCACUGCUGCAUUAGAGCUCUCUGUUUUGUCAUUCAAGGAAAGUGACCCCACUGGCGAGGUGUUUACUGCCAUUGACGCUUUAGCAAAGAUAAUCACUAAACUACUUGUGGUGCAAGAUUUCGAGGAUGUGUCUCGAGCGGACUAUUUGAAUAUCAUCUUCUCCGUCAUCGCGCUUGUGUUCUCCAAAGACCACGAGCAAGAAAAUGCGACUUUCAACGAAAGACCGCAUUUCAGAUUACUUUCGAACCUUUUGUAUGAAUGGGAAACUCUCAGAGGCCAUAAAUUCGUCAAGGUCCGCAACGUUCAAGCACGUAAGGAAUUGCUGGACUUUGAUGCCCAUUUUUACAACAUUUUCUCAACAUACUUACAAUCAGUUCAACCAAUUGCCUUCCCCGGCUUCUCUUUUGCAUGGGUCACGCUCAUAUCGCACAGAAUGUUCUUACCAACAAUGUUAAGGCUGCCAAACAAGGGUGGUUGGAAAAACCUGAUGCUACUGCUAAUCGACCUUCUGAAGUUCCUGGAUAAAUACACGGACAAGAAUGAAGUGUCUAAUGCCAUUUCCGUGGUCUACAAAGGCGCUCUUCGCGUCUUCCUAGGAAUUUCCAAUGACAUGCCUGAAUUUCUAAUCGAAAACCACUUGGAGUUGAUGAAUAAUCUUCCUCCCACUUACCUGCAGCUGAAGAAUGUGAUCCUAUCGGCAAUACCCAAAAAGAUGAUGCUACCAAAUCCGUAUAGCUCAUCAUUAUCCUUGGAUGAGGUUAACGAAUGUAAGCAGCCUCCUAAGGUCUUUUACGAUCCAAUCUCCGAAUCCAGUACAUUGAGGAAGCCUGUGGAUAACUACCUCCGUAUUCCUUCAAACUCCCUGCUGAAAAGCAUUCUGGCUGCUACUCAGAGAACAGAAUACGAUAUGAAGAAUGGGCUCGGCUAUACGUACCUCUCUGUUGACGUGAAAACGGUUCGCGCCAUUGUGCUUCAUGUCGGCAUCGAAGCAGGCCAGGAAUGUCAAACGGUAUCAUUCAAUGCUGUUUUCAACACCAAGUCUGCUUACUAUACGCUUCUAUUCAAUUUAGUACAGGAAGGAUCUGUCGAGCUCAAGUAUCACAUCAUACAGGCAAUGGUCGAGCAACUCAGAUACCCCAAUGUUCACACGUCCUGGUUCAUUUUUGCAUUGAGAAAGAUGUUUGUUUCCGAGCAGUGGGAUGAUCAGCUAGUCGAGGUCCAAGAGCUCAUCCUGCGCAAUCUGCUCGAAAGAAUCGUCGUCAACAGACCUCAUACCUGGGGUAUAUCUGUAAUGUUUACGCAGCUGAUCAAGAGUCCCGAAGUGAACCUAGUUGAAUUGGAAUUCGUGAAGAAUAUACCCGAGAUAGCCACCCUUUUGGAACCUCUUUACAGAUACAUUUCGCCCAGCACGCAGACAGACAACCGGAACGAGGAGAAAUUAUCUACUGCUACUGCAAAUGCGGUGGAUGCUAAAGUAUGA